AUACUUACAGUCAUUACCGUGCCAUGGCGUUCCCUGUAACUUGGUUAGAGAUUGCUGUUUGCAUUCGUCCCCAAGGAUGCACUUUGAUCAAACGAAUUGCAUACAGCUCAGAGGACCCCAAGUGUAUAGUGACCGCCAGGCCACCCACUCAUUAUUACAAACGUAGUCCGCGGUUGCUGCGCCUGCUGACUUUAUUUUUCAUAUAUAUAUUUUAUUUAAUUUCUCUUUUUUUCCUUUUCAUUUCAUUUUAACCUUCAUUAUUAUUAUUGUUCUCGUCGCGAGCAUAUUCUAAAUUUAGUAGGCAUGCAGUCUUGCACUCACAAAAGGCAGCUGAAGCCGGAUCGACCAUUCCUCAUCUGAUUCCGUAUUAUAUAGCUCGUAUUGCAAUACCAUCAUUUGCAAUUGUGCCCAUCAGAGCGUAAAUAUAUUGAUAUUUCUUUAAGGAUGCUCGCCGCCAAUGCUCUGGUACUUCCAUAGGGGAGGGACUUGCAACUUAUCGGCAUUGCAUCACCUUCUGUUUUAAAAAAUCUGAUGGCACAAGGUUUACAACUGGGUAAAUAUUGGAUUUCGGGUGGAAUAGUAUUGCGGAACCAUUUUACGAAAAGAAAGAAAGAAAGAAAAAAAAAGAUAAAGCGCUGCAAGGACAAGCUGAACGCUCUGGCGAUCUCGGUGAUGAACCAGUGGCCCGGGGUAAAGCUGCGGGUAACCGAGGGCUGGGACGAGGACGGCCACCACUCCGAGGAGUCCCUGCACUACGAGGGGCGCGCCGUGGACAUCACCACCUCGGACCGGGACCGCAGCAAGUACGGCAUGCUGGCCCGCCUGGCCGUCGAGGCUGGCUUCGACUGGGUCUACUACGAGUCCAAGGCGCACAUCCACUGCUCCGUCAAAGCAGAAAACUCGGUGGCGGCCAAAUCCGGGGGUUGCUUCCCUGGCUCGGCCACGGUGCACCUGGAGAAAGGCGGGACGAAGCUGGUGAAGGACCUGAGGCCUGGAGACAGGGUGCUGGUGGCGGACACGGAAGGCCGUCUGCUCUACAGCGACUUCCUCACCUUCCUCGACCGCGAGGACGGCUCUCACAAGAUCUUCUACGUCAUUGAGACUCGGCAGCCCCGGGCCCGGCUGCUGCUCACGGCCGCCCACCUCCUGUUCGUGGCCCCCCAGCAGAACCAGUCCGAGGCGGGGGCCGCCGGCAGCCGGGCGCUGUUCGCCAGCCGCGUGCGGCCGGGCCAGCGAGUCUUCGUGCUGGGCGAGGGCGGGCGGCAGCUGCUGCCGGCGGCCGUGCACCGCGUGUCGCUGAGGGAGGAGGCGUCGGGGGCCUACGCCCCUCUCACGGCCCAGGGCACCAUCCUCAUCGACCGCGUGCUGGCCUCGUGCUACGCCGUCAUCGAGGAGCACAGCUGGGCGCACUGGGCCUUCGCUCCCUUCCGCCUGCUCCAGGGCCUGCUGGCCGCGCUCUGCCCUCUCCCGAUGGGAGACCCCACGGCCCCCGGCAUCCACUGGUACUCUCGGCUCCUCUACCGCAUCGGCAGCUGGGUGCUGGAUAGUGACUCUCUGCACCCGCUGGGCAUGAUGGUGUCAUCCAGCUGAGGGACCCCGCGCCACGCCGGCCGCCCGCCAGGCUCCGACGGAGACACAGAGACACCGAGGGAGAGAGAGAGAGAGAGAAAGAGAGAGAGAAAGAGAGAGAGAAAGAGAGAGAGAGAGAGAGAGAGAGAGAAAGGAGAAAAAAAAUAGGAAAAAAAAAAGAAAAUAAAAACCUAAAAGAAAAAAAAGGAAAAAAAUACAUAUUUUUAAAAGAGAGCACGGAUUAAGACUUAAAGAUAAUAAUAAUAAAAUAAUAAUAAUUAAGUAGGACAGUCCAAAGUAGACUUAAAGGGAAACAAAGACCCCUGGAAGUUCUGUUCUGUUUAGUUUAUAAAUAUAUAUAUAUUUUUAUUUGUUCUUUUGUUUUGUUUGUUGGUUGGUUGUUUUCGUUUUUUCCUCCUCUCCUGGAUAUUUAUUUCUUUGGUAUUUUGAAUAGAUGUUUUAAAUGAUAUGAACCGGACCUUCAAGAGCCUUAAAUAGUUUCUUUGAUAAUUUAUUAUCAUGUGAACUGUACUCACAGGGGAAAAAAUUAUUUUGUGAGGCCAAGUAAAACUGCGCAGAGUCUAUUUUUCUACAUGUCAUGUGUGUCCUGACUUUCAGAAAGCAAAAUUCUGUAUUUUCCCAUCUCUCCAUUACAUUGCUCCUUCAUUUCAGCAAGUCUAAAAAACAAGCAAACAAACAAACACACACAAAAAAAGACAAACUUCAUGGGGGUCCGUAAAUUAUAUUUUUAUACACAGAAUUGUAAAUUAGAUUUUUUUGAGAGAUCAAUACUUAACUGAAUCACAUUUCGUUUUUUGAAAUAGUGUAAAAUAUGAGAAUAUAUUAUUUUAAUUUAAAUAGUUUCAAAUGUAACAUCAUUUCUUGUAUUGUUUUCCAUGUUUUGCUUUGUAAAAACAUCAUUUGGCCACGUUCAUGGAAGUCAAGACUGUUACACAAACUUUUUAUUUGCAAAAACAGUAAGAAACUUUGUUAUUUUUAACUUCAGAAAAAGUUUAUUAGAAAAUAAUAUUUUUUAAAAAGCGCACAUGGCGGCAAUUCUGUGACGAUGGAGAUGGUAGUUUGUACAGAGGGGGGAAAAGGAUGUUUUGCAUUAAUAAAUUGAGAAAUAACUGCUGUAAAUUUACUAAAAUGUAUUUUUGAAUAUUUUGUAAUAGUUUUAAUAGUUUUAUAGAAAUAAAAUGUGCCAUGCACAGUUUGGUUAGUAUAUAAUAACUAAGAGUUCCUGGUGCAUCCCAUUUUUUUUUCCUUUUUGCUUAUUGGUUUAGGAAACAUGAAGCCUAAAUGAGUGCCCGUUAUUUUAUUUAGAUGUGUUGCUUAUAACAUUUAAUUUUGGUACUUUUAAUUAAGGAAACGAAUCCAUCACAUCUGUGCAUAACCUGGAAUCUCUUGUACUGACAGUAGAACCUCACUUAUUUGCACGACCGAGCGGCAGACGGGUUUCCUUUUGCCAGAGCCCUGGCUCUCCAUCCCUGCUCAGGCGAUGCUCCUCUCUUCCAGCUCCAGCCCCGACUCCGUGUCCACUUCCCAGUCUGGUCUGGAGACUGCGGAUGGCUCUCAAAAUUGAUUUCUGAGGAUGCCAAAUCAAGUUUUCCCUUUGAAACAUGUUAAUGUGAAGGCAGGCAGCUGUCUUCACCUUGUGGCAACAUGGGGAUUUCAGUGGACUCCAAUCUGGCUGCCCAGAAGAUGGAAAUCUGAGGGAGAGACAUUGACUUUGGUGAGUUAGAGGGAUUCACAUGGCUGAUGCUGGAAGAAGGAGAUGGCCACCAGAUUUCACUGGCCGCUUUGAGUAACAGCACAGGGCUUUGGGCUGCUGAGAACAGAGCAAAACCCCCUUUGCAAAGCAAACAAAAGGAUAAAGGUUUGUUCAUUUAUCCUGAGAGACAUUCCUUAGCUGUAAUGCAGGAGUCUGUCCCUAACCACUCAUGGGUGAAUGUGCUGGAGAUGUGUUUUAGGAGCUGAGUGGUGGGGCCAGUGCUGUGUCCCCUGCCUGGUCCCAGCCACAAUCCACCUCGAGGGGAUCAUCCUUGACAGGUGCUGAUCAGUGAGGUUCUGCUGCACCGCGUGCUCCUCCACGGAGGGUUUCCAGGAUCCCUUUAAAAAUUUUGCAAAACAUUGUGUGUGCAUGCGUGUGCGCGUCUGCGACGGGACCGUGCCGGAAGGGAGCUUGCCUUGAAUGUCUUCUCACCUUUUCUUUGGUUUCCAUUACUCACCAGUCUAGGAUGUUCAUCCACCAGGCCUUUUGCUCCAGAGACACAGCCAUGUUCUCUACUGGGAUGGAUGGCAGCUCCACAGCCUCCCAGAACGUCCCUGCCUGGGGCCAUCUCCAGAGAGUGUAGACCAUGCUCUUCCACACUGAUAUCCUAGGAGCUUCUGGAGCGCUGUCAGGAGCUGGUGGCCGAGCACUGCUGUGGGAAACCCUGCCAGAUGGAUGUGGUCCCUCCUUCCUGUCAGCCUCUAGUCCAGCCGCACUUCCAACCUCCAAAGCUCGGACAUGGCCAGGGUGAUGAGACUUCGGAGUGACCACAGUGUGCUGCAGCACCAGGAGAGGAACCAAGCCACCCUCACGCCUACCUGACAAGAGGCAUCACGGGGGACUGUGGACUGCCUGGUGGGCGCUGAGGAACUGCUGCCCACCCCAACUUGGACUCUGCCACCUCCCUGUCUUUGGGGUGUGCUGAGGGCUGCAAACCCAGAUGAUUUGGGGCAUGUGAGAAUGUGAUCGUGGAACAAAUGAGUCUCUGCUGUAAGAGUCUGGCCUUAGCAUGGCAGCAUCUGGGUGUCUGAGCUCUUUUACCCUGUCUCUGAGAGAUGGUUGCCAUUUUUGAAGGCCUCUACACUCAAAGAAAUGACCGUGUUGGAAGGUGCUUUCUCCAGAGGUUUUGUGGUGGAGGUGUUUAGGGAUGUCAGUGAUCAAACUUAAAGUCACUGGCUGGAGGGCUUCAAUCUAAAUCGCAGCUGAGAUGCUAAAGAGCCAUCAGUCCAGAGCCCACACUUGUGUCAGGACAGGGCACAUGCCUGGACGGGACCACACCAGACAUUGCCUCAUUUGAUCUUCACCCAAAGUCCGAGAUGGGCUCAGAGCUUUGUGGUGUGAGAGAAGCUGAGAUGCUCUUACACCAGGAUCAGCCUUUUUCACUGAGCAGAGAAAUGCUGUGCCAUGUUCUCCAUCACAGUUAUUCCAAGCAGCUUUAUGUCUUCCUCUCACCAUGUCUGAAUUCCACCUCUCCCUCCGGCGCCUUCCAUCAGGAUCACCCCUCCAUGGUGUGUUAGAAGUGCUUCCUUAGAUGGGCCAAUCCAACUCAUAGCUACAGCUCUUGUAUGAAGGAUGUACUGUCAUAACCUUGUGCAAAACAUCUAGGAGAUGUCACUGUCCAUCUUCAGGGUCCAAGUAUGGCAAUAGUUUGUAUAAAAUGUACACAUAGUGGUGGCUACAGAAUAGUUUAUGACUAAAUACAUAUCUAUUACUGUCAAAAUAAUGUAUAAGAAUGUAC